UGUGUCCGGCGGCGGGCGGGAGGCUCGCGGAUCGCCAUAUAGGUCCGCUUGCCGGCAUGAGCGAUGAGCUGGCUGCUGCCGCUGUCCCACACCGUGACGCUGACCGUCGUGCACGUGAGGCGAGGCAUUUGCGGGCUUGGGAUGUUCUAUGCGGUGAGGAGAGGCCGCAAGACCGGCGUCUUCCUGAGCUGGAGGGAGUGCAGAGCGCAGGUGGACCGGUUUCCUGCCGCCAGGUUUAAGAAGUUUGCCACAGAAGAUGAAGCUUGGGCCUUUGUCAGGAACUCUUCAAGCCCAGAGGGCUCAAAGGGGCAGGAAACUGCACAUGUGAAGACCAGCAAGCGGCCUUGGGAGCCUCUGAAUGAAGGGGAAGAACUGCCCGAGCCAGGGGCAAAGCACACCAAACGGAACACGGAACACAUUGAACCUGAUCCCCCAGUGAGCAAGGACAUGUUUUCUUAUAUGGGAGAAUCUGUUAUCGUCUACACGGAUGGCUGCUGUUCCAGUAACGGGCGGAAUCGAGCCAGAGCAGGAAUUGGCGUUUACUGGGGGCCAGGCCACCCCUUAAAUGUAGGUGUCAGACUUCAUGGGCGACAGACAAACCAGAGAGCCGAGAUCCAUGCAGCCUGCAAAGCCAUCAUGCAAGCCAGGGCUCAGAACAUCAGCAAGCUGGUUCUUUACACAGACAGCAUGUUCACCAUCAAUGGGAUAACCAGCUGGGUCCAGGGCUGGAAGAAGAACGGCUGGAGGACGAGCACGGGGAAGGACGUGAUCAACAAGGAGGACUUCAUGGAGCUGGACGAGCUCAGCCAGGGCAUGGACAUCAAGUGGAUGCACAUUCCUGGUCACUCGGGAUUUGUGGGCAACGAAGAAGCCGACAGGCUGGCAAGGGAAGGCGCGAAGCAGUCUGAAAACUGAGCAAAGUGGUUGCUACACACUUGGACCCGAGGCAGUGACUGUGCAUUUGCCCUGAUGUGCUGUGGGGCCACAGCUGGAAGAGUCAACCAUGACCUGUGACACAGCUUGAUGAGAAGUGCUUAAAUGAUGGAAAGGGGAGGUUGAGCUCACAUUUCUGGGAAGUUUCAGCCUUUGUACCUUGUGGGUCUGAUAUUCUUGUUUGAUUUGUUGCAAUCUGGCCCAAAAUGUUCCAGCUUGAUUUCAGUAGGGAUCGGUGAGACACUGGUCAGUAGGUGUGGUCUAAAGGUUCCAGAAUGUUUAUUUUCCUUCCGAUGUGCACAGGUACAAGCCUCCUGCCCUUGCAGGCACCCUGUGUCUUCUGUGUGCAUCAGAGAUGACAUGGCCAUGCGGGAGCCAAGGCUGGUCUGAGGCCAGGCAGAACCUGCGUCCAGGUGACCUUGGCUCCUGGAGCUGAGAACUUUAAAAAUCAAGAUGCAUACAUAUAUUGCUAUUAGAUUUCUUUGGCUGUUUUUCCUAAAAAUACUAUAUAAAUUUAAAACAUGUUUAAAGUUAUCCUUAUUUAUUUUUAUAAUAAAAAUAUACAGGAAUUACACAAAAUCAUGCAGUUU